CCCACCAACAAAGGCUUCUCCUUUUGGUCUUUGUCUCCCUCUUGCAGUUCAGCUCCGUCAUCUGAACCAUGAGGAUCUGGUUGCUCCUGCUUGUCACUGGAAUCUGCACGGGAAAUGUGAACUCGCAGGACACGUGCAGGCAAGGGCACCCUGGCAUCCCUGGGAAUCCUGGUCACAAUGGUUUGCCUGGGAGAGAUGGACGAGAUGGCGCAAAGGGCGACAAGGGUGAGGCAGGAGAACCAGGACAUCCUGGUGGUCCAGGGAAGGAUGGAAUGAAUGGAGAGAAAGGAGAGCGAGGAGCAGAUGGAAGAGUUGAAGCCAAAGGUGUCAAAGGCGAUCAAGGCUCACAAGGACCGCCAGGGAAACAUGGGCCAAAGGGAUUUGUUGGUCCCAUGGGAGAGAAAGGCCUCAGGGGAGAGACUGGCCCUCAAGGGCAAAAGGGCGAUAAAGGCAGUGUGGGGCCCACCGGUCCAGAAGGGCUAAAGGGCAGCACUGGGCCUUCGGGCCCAAUGGGUCUACCUGGCCCCGUGGGCCCCAUUGGGAAGCCUGGCCCCAAGGGAGAUGCUGGGCCUUUGGGACCCCAGGGAGAUCCAGGAGUCCGGGGAAUGAGAGGCUGGAAAGGGGACCGAGGCGAGAAAGGGAAAAUUGGCGAGACUCCAGUCUUGCCCAAGAGUGCUUUCACAGUGGGGCUCACAGUACUGAGCAAGUUUCCUACUUCAGAUGUGCCCAUUAAAUUUGAUAAGAUCCUGUAUAAUGAGUUCAAUCAUUUCGACGUAGCCACAGGGAAGUUCACUUGCCACAUUACCGGGGUCUAUUACUUCACCUACCACAUCACGGUUUUCUCCAGGAAUGUUCAGGUAUCUUUGGUCAAAAAUGGGGUGAAAAUACUGAACACCAAGGACGGUUACAUGAGCUCUGAGGACCAGGCGUCAGGCGGCAUGGUGCUGCCGCUGAAGCUGGGGGAUGAGGUGUGGAUGCAGGCCACAGGAGGGGAGAGAUUUAAUGGCUUGUUUGCAGAUGAGGACGAUGACACGACUUUCACAGGCUUCCUUCUGUUCAGCAGCCAGUGAUGGGGAG